UACCCAUAAGUAUAAUUCAUACAUUUUAAAUUGUUUUAUCGCUCAAAUAGUUUUAAAUACCUACAUAAAUAAUACACGUUACAUCAAGCUUGAAUGCUUGAUAGACGAUAUAGACUAUAGUUGAUUAAAAUUUUUUUUUUUUUAAAUGGAUCGCUUAAUUUUUAAUCUGUAUCAAUAUUUUUUCGGAAAGAACCAGCAGAAUUUUGAAUCUGAAGACCAUUCUAAGGACUAUUUGAACAAUAUUAUGAAGGAAGAGGAGUCGAAUUCGAUUUCAACAUCAACAAAUUCGAAACAUUCAAUUGAGUUUCAUCCUAGUCGAGAUGAAACCGAUGCUUUUUCCUUGCAUAUCGAAGACAAAUCGAAACUCCCAAAUACUACUCCCAUUGAAGAUCAAAUUCCGCAGUGUACAGAACUAUAUCAAUGUUUGAAAAAUACUGUAAAGGAACUAGGAGAACAAAAGUUAAUACUCGACACACAAUUCAAAGGAUUGACAUUAAAUUUGAACAACAAUAAUAUUCGUUUGAUUGCCGUCGAAAACGAAGUUAAAAAUAUAAUCCUAAAAUAUAUGAGUCUAUCUCAAAUGUACGAAACACUACAAGACCAACUCGAAAUGGUUUCGGGGAAAAUCAAUGUGAAGUUCGAUGACUUGGAACAAAUGUUCAGCUAUCAUUCAGCGGAGUGUUAUAGAACAAAUGAUAUUCCCGAAGACCUGUAGCAGUGUGGCGCAUCAAAUCUUAUAAUAAUUAAUUACUGUAAACCACGGAAUUAAGAUAUAUUAUAAUAUUAAGUAUAUCUUAAUUCGUGCUGUAAACAUAAGCUUCGCGUUGUACUUACAUUUUAUAUUAAACAAUUUUUAAGCUUCGAAUAAUUGCGUUAGUUUUUAAUAAAACACUAAUACUCUGUUAUAGGUAUUCACUAUUCUUUUUAUUUUUUUUUCAUGGAGUGCUCAAGCACCACAGCAACCUAUAUAGCAACCCACAGGCCACAUGAUGUGGCUAUGUGGAUGAAAAUCAGAUAAGAUAAUAACAACUAUACAUAAUAAUAGUUUUUAUUAAAUAAGUAAUUAUUUUUUCCAUUUAGAUUUAUUCC